AUGGAUUCUGAAGUUGCUGCUUUAGUUAUUGACAACGGUUCCGGUAUGUGUAAGGCCGGUUUCGCCGGUGACGAUGCUCCAAGAGCCGUCUUCCCUUCCAUCGUCGGUAGACCAAGACACCAAGGUAUCAUGGUCGGUAUGGGUCAAAAGGACUCUUACGUCGGUGACGAAGCUCAAUCCAAGAGAGGUAUUUUGACUUUGCGUUACCCAAUCGAACACGGUAUCGUUACCAACUGGGAUGACAUGGAAAAGAUCUGGCAUCACACUUUCUACAACGAAUUGAGAGUCGCCCCAGAAGAACACCCAGUCUUGUUGACCGAGGCUCCAAUGAACCCAAAGUCUAACAGAGAAAAGAUGACUCAAAUCAUGUUCGAAACCUUCAACGUUCCAGCCUUCUACGUUUCCAUUCAAGCUGUCUUGUCUCUAUACUCCAGUGGUAGAACCACCGGUAUUGUUUUGGACUCUGGUGACGGUGUUACCCACGUUGUUCCAAUUUACGCCGGUUUCUCUUUGCCACACGCUAUUUUGAGAAUCGACCUUGCUGGUAGAGACUUGACUGACUACUUGAUGAAGAUCUUGAGUGAACGUGGUUACUCUUUCUCCACCACUGCUGAAAGAGAAAUUGUUCGUGACAUCAAGGAAAAGCUAUGUUACGUCGCUUUGGACUUCGAACAAGAAAUGCAAACCGCUGCUCAAUCUUCCUCCAUUGAAAAGUCCUACGAAUUGCCAGAUGGUCAAGUCAUCACCAUCGGUAACGAAAGAUUCAGAGCUCCAGAAGCUUUGUUCCACCCAUCUGUUCUAGGUCUAGAAUCUGCUGGUAUUGACCAAACUACUUACAACUCCAUCAUGAAGUGUGAUGUUGAUGUUCGUAAGGAAUUGUACGGUAACAUCGUCAUGUCCGGUGGUACCACCAUGUUCCCAGGUAUUGCUGAAAGAAUGCAAAAGGAAAUUACCGCUUUGGCUCCAUCUUCUAUGAAGGUCAAGAUCAUUGCUCCACCAGAGAGAAAGUACUCUGUCUGGAUCGGUGGUUCUAUUCUAGCUUCUUUGACCACUUUCCAACAAAUGUGGAUCUCCAAGCAAGAAUACGACGAAAGUGGUCCAUCCAUUGUUCACCACAAGUGUUUCUAA